CACCUACAUGAUAAUUAUCAAUUAUUUCAUUAGAAACAAGACCUUUUGGCUCAUGAUCAACUUCAUCUUUAAUAGCAACACCAAAAAUUUUAGAUGCAUGGGAAGCUGCUUAUGUUGUUAUUGCUAAAGUUUUCAUUGAUGCUGAAAAAGAAUUAUACGAUGAACUUGGUCCAGAUGAACAUGACAAAGGUUUUGUUCCAUUGACUAUUAUUAAAAAAGAAGAAAUUGCAUGUGGACCAAUAGUUGCUCUUACAUUAGAACGUUGUGAUGGUGGGAAAAUGCAUAAUUAUCAAC